AUGCUUCCUGCAGUUGGAGAGAUCAGCUGUGCUUCUCUGGCCUUAGCUCUGAAGUCCAACCCCUCCCAUCUGAGAGAGCUGGAGCUGAGUAACAACAUCCUUCAGAAUUCAGGAGGGAAGCUGCUGUGUGAUUUUCUGAAGAGUCCACACUGUAGACUUGAGACUCUGGGAUUGAGUCACUGCUGGUUGUCAGAGACCAGCUGUGCUUCUCUGGCCUCAGCGCUGAAGUCCAACCCCUCCCAUCUGAGAAAGCUGGAGCUAAGUGACAAUGAGCUGCAGGAUUCAGGAGUGAAGAUGCUGUGUGAUUUUCUGGAGAGUCCACACUGUAGACUGGAGACACUUGAGACUUUGGGAUUGAGUAGCUGCAGUUUGUCAGAGAUCAGCUGUGCUUCUCUGGCCUCAGCUCUGAAGUCCAACCCCUUCCACCUGACAAAGCUGGAUCUGCAUGAAAACAAGCUGCAGGGUUCAAGAAUGAAGCUGCUGCAUGAUUGUCUGGAGAGUCCACACUGUAGACUGGAGACUCUGAGGGUCGAUGACGGACAAAACAGCACUACAUCUGACAGACAUGAAGGAUAUCCUUCUACAUUCAACACAACCCUUGAUGUGUUUGAGGACAACAGAGAGGAUCAGCUGAAUCUGACUGAGAUAGGUUACUGGCAGGACUUCACACCCAAAGUGCAGACUGAGUCUGCAAACAUUUCAUACAGUUUCAGGUGUCCUGGUCCAGGUGUAUUCCGGUGUACUUUGACUGGACUGGUGUUUGUUACGGUUCAGGAGGCGGAGCUGCUGUACUGGACUGUCCAAUGGGAUGAGAGCCUCCUACAACCAGCUGGCAAGAUGGCUGCAGGGCCACUGUUCAACAUCCAGAAUCUUGACGGUGCUGUCAGUCAGCUCCACUUGCCACACUGUGAAACCAUGGAUGCUCCACUCUCUGAAGGUGUGCUGUCUGUCGUCCACAUCACUGGUGAUGGAAUGAGCAUCCUCGAGCCGCUGGAGAUUACAGACACUCAUGUGGUUGUGAAUGUCCCUCACUUCUCUCUCUUUGGCCUGGUCUGGGAUUGUAUUAAGAGGUUUCUGAACAUCACAAUGCCAGUUAGUGGCCAAGUUCUGCUGUUUCUGCGACCACCAAACCCCAAAACACAGAGGCAGUAUCUCGAGGUGUUUCUCCUGCCGAGGAACAUCCCUCUGCAAGAGGUGAUCGCACAACAGCAAAAUACUGACUACAUCAAGGCCCCUCCCAAAUGUACACUCAUCAAAGAUCAAAGUUACAGCGUUCUCUGUCCUGAGGCCUUUAAAAUACAGCCUAAAAAAGCAGAUUUUGACCUGGAGUUUGGACCAAAUUACUACCACACGUUUGAGGUCGGCCUGCCUACAAGCACAGACGAAGUGAAUAUAAAGGUCCAGGACCAAAGCAAUAUAGAGGUCUGGGAGCAUGCAGUGGAUCUAACUGAUCCUGCUGUAAGAAGAGUGGAUCUAGUGAGGACUCAGAGCCUCUCACCAAGUGCGAGGUUGUGCUCAGUUCGGUUACAGUUUAUUAAUGGAGUCUCUGAUCAUAUUCUAAACCAGCUGCUGGAUCAACUUUUGCAACAAGGCGUUAUCAUUGAAGAAGAAAUGGAGUCAGCCAGAACAAAAUCCAAGGCUGACAAGGCUCGAUAUGUGAUUGACACGGUGAGAAAAAAAGGAGAAGAUGCCAGUUCAUUCUUGAUUGAUGACUUGUGCAAGUUGGAUGCACACUUUUCCAAAUCCCUGAAGUUGAGCUGAAGUAGGAAUGAGACUCAGAAUAUGGGUUACCAAAACAACAACAAUGGAGAUAUCUCCAACUUAAACGUUCACCUUAAAGUGUUGUGAGCUACUCUACAGUUCCAGCAAAUGACACCACUGUCUCCCAUAUCAUGUCACAGCUCUCACAUAUGCACUGAGAGGAGAUGAAUAUGUAUAACAUGAAGAGAAAGGCCUGUGAUCCUUAGUAACUCAAAAAAGAUCUCAUUUAUUGUAAGAUAAUCUUUAGAAUGUGUUGGACACUAAGUUCCACAGGGUGAAGCUGAGGGAUCACUGACUGCGGAGGGCACUCUGUUUCACAUCCUGUGAGCUGCCCCAAAGGUCAAGACUUCUGCUAUCAGGUAUAUAUAAAACACUGAGAGGGUAGUAGGUCAUGACACACAGUUCUGCCCAAGGUUCUACGCAUUCAGAAACCCCUCUCCAACUAAAGAUCUGUCUACUACUGGUUUCAGACUGAGUCAGAUGCUGAAGAAAGUGUGGCACAAGAGGAGAAUCUAGUUUGACCCUGACGAAGGCCACAAGCCGAAACAUGUUAGUCUCAAAAUAAAGCCUUUCUUUAUACUACAAGUGAUGGUGGUGUCUUGACCAUGACUGUCCCAUUCAAAUUGGAUGCUGAAGAACUGAAAGAUGCUAUUAAAUUUUAUAUUAAAUUCUGUGAAGACACUGUGUCCGGAACUAAAACUGAAAAUGUUCCCAAAAUAAGUCCUGGCUAUCAAAAGAGCUGAAAAGCUCUCUCUGUACUGUAUUUAAGAAGUCCUUCAUCCCAAAGAGCCAUCAUUAUUCUUAAUUCUGAAAAGUGACUAAUGAGAUUUAAGCCACAGAUGUGAACUUUUUUCAAUGUUUUAAUAUUUGUUUUAAUGUGUAAUAUGACCUUGUCUCUUUGUUAUACUGACUGUCACUGUCUCUUUCUUGAAUCAUAGUAGUGCAUCUUCAUGUUUUGCCAAAGAUCAUUUUCCACCCUGGUGGACGAUAAAGAUUAUAUUCUAAAA